AAACUUCCUGAUUCACCGCUGCGGCUCCUCUGAAGAGUUUUCCCAGAUUCAUGAUGAAAUAAGUUUCAACAGAAGAAACCAACUGUAUUUCAUGGAACCAACUUUAAGACAGCCAACAGACACACUUCGGACUCUAUGAUUCGACCAAAAACAACGACAUUAAUUAAUCCACCGCCAAAUCCUGAAACAUGGAGGACCCAAACAUACAGCGUAAGAUGUCAACAGCAGGAGAAAGCCUGUACAAAGUCCUGGGCCUGGAGAAAGGAGCAUCACCAGAAGAAAUAAAAAAGGCAUACAGGAAACUGGCAUUGAGGCAUCAUCCUGAUAAAAACCCAGACAACCCAGAAGCUGCUGAGAAAUUCAAAGUGAUCAACAACGCCAACUCCAUCCUCAGUGAUGAGAACAAACGGAAGAUCUACAACGAGUAUGGAUCCAUGGGGCUCUACAUGUCGGAGCAGUUUGGUAACGAUGACGCCAGAGUAUACGCCCUCAUGUCCAAGUGCUGGUUCAAGGCACUUCUUGUGUGCUGCAGUAUUUUCACCUGCUGCUGCUGUUUCUGCUGCUGCUGUUUCUGCUGUGGAGCGUGCGCAACGUCAAAAGAAGGACAAGAUUUCACUCAUAUGGACCCCGAGGACCUAGAGGCAGAGAUCAGAGAACAGGAUGCAGCAGGAGACGAUGUAAUAAUUAUUCAGCCAAGCACUAGUGCCGCCACUGACAUAUCAGGUAAAAAUGUACCGAUUGUGGUUCAGCCAGCCAACAGCACCUCUGAGCGGGCUCAGUCGGCUGAGGAAUGAGUGAGUGGAGAAUUUCAGAGUCUGGGCUGCGUUUCAUCAUCAGAAGAUGUAUUGAUCAUUUUCAAAGUGGCUGAUGAUGAGUAUAAAUGUUGAAUGUACUUGUUUUUCUCAGAGAAUGUCGUUGAAACAGAAAAUGUAUUCAUCUCAGAGGCUAAUUUGUUUAAAUGAAUCAAGCAGCGAUUUGAUUGUGCCAUAGUGUCAAUGGGUUUGUCUGUGAACCAUUUUCAUAUUUAUUUUUUUUUUUACUUUUAUUUUUGAAUAUUGGGCAGUAUUUGGACUGCAGUGACAAAGCUCUGGAAUAAUUCUUUUUUACGUGCACUUUAAUAAUUAAACUUAAUAUUUAAAAUAUUACAGCUGCCGCUCUGGUCUGAGAAAAUGUCUGCUCAAGGUGGCUUUUGGGUCAGAAAUGUUUUAAAUAUUUUUUUAAUGGAUAUUUAGAUGCCAACCACUUGAGCCGCGUUUCGACCAAAAGUACCCGGGAUUUUUAAGGCACCAGAUCUCUUUUCAAGGAACUAAAAAGUUCAUUCAGCCCACUGUUUUGUGCGUUUCCACUGUGGUCUAAAGACCUGCGAAGAUUAGGCAAAUUAACCAAUGACAUAGGCUGUAGGCCUAUGUCAUUGGUUAAUGACACCCACGCCGUACAAAGCGAUGCACAGGCAUCAUUGUUUGUAACCAAUAUCCAUGAGCAAAAUUUAUAAAUGAACAUCAGAUUUGAUUGGAAUAUAAUGAAAAACUAUAGGCUAUGCGUGACCAUUAGAACAGCU